AUUAUGGGUAGAAUCGAAUCUGAUAUGCCACAGAAUUCCCAUUUCAAUCCCUUAAACCCUGAGGAAUUCAGAAAGCAAGCCCAUGAAAUGGUGGAUUUCAUUGCUGAUUAUUUUCAGAAUAUCGAGAGCUACCCAGUUUUAAGCCAGGUUCAACCAGGGUAUCUCCGGGCCAACUUGCCAGAGAACGCACCAGAACGUCCGGAACCCUUUGAAACGAUCUUGAAAGAUGUUCAAAACCAGAUUAUCCCUGGAAUGACUCAUUGGCUGAGCCCUAAUUUCUUUGCAUUUUUCCCUUCAACUGUUAGCACAGCCGGUUUCCUCGGUGAAAUGCUUUGCACUUGCUUUAACUCUGUCGGGUUUAACUGGUUAGCUUCACCGGCGGCGACGGAGCUCGAAAUGACGGUCAUGGACUGGUUGGCGGACAUGCUGAAGCUGCCCGAGUCGUUCAUGUUUCAAGGCACUGGCGGCGGCAUUAUCCAUAACACCACCAGCGAAGCUGUCAUCGUUACGCUCAUUGCAGCUAGGGACAAAGCUCUUGACCUCAUCGGCUCCGACGACGUCAACAAGCUCGUCGUUUAUGCUUCCGACCAAACACAUUCGACGUUCGCUAAAGCGUGUAAGAUUGUCGGCAUUCCACCUACGAACAUAAGGUUGAUUCCGACGACACUCGCCGGUGGCUUCUCUUUAUCACCUUCUGAACUCCGGAUGGCUGUCGAAACUGACGUGGCAUCCGGUUUGGUCCCGGUUUAUCUUUGUUUGAAUCUCGGGACGACUUCAACUACGGCGAUCGAUCCGAUAGAGCCACUGGCUUGCGUGGCGAAGGAGCACGGAAUGUGGGUACACGUGGAUGCUGCCUACGCGGGGAGUGCUUGUAUAUGCCCCGAGUUCCGGCAUCACUUGAACGGGAUUGAGCUAGUUGACUCGCUGAGUUUGAGUCCCCACAAGUGGCUACUCACUUUCCUAGAUUGUUGCUGCUUGUGGGUCCAAAACCCGAACUCGCUCGUCAAAGCACUUAGCACCAACCCCGAAUACUUGAGAAACAAACAGAGCGAAUCGGAUUCCGUCGUCGAUUUCAAGGACUGGCAACUUGGUACCGGCCGCCGGUUUAAAUCGUUAAGGUUAUGGCUCAUUUUCCGAUCCUACGGCGUCGUCAACCUGCAAACUCAUAUCCGAUCCGACGUACGGAUGGCCAAAAUGUUCGAAGGGCUCGUAAGAUCCGACCCGAGAUUCGAAAUCGUGGUCCCGAGGGAGUUCGGGCUGGUGUGUUUCCGGUUUUACCCGGGUGAAAAUUGCGGGUCCGAAUACUCCAAGAUGUUGAACCGGAAGCUAUUGGAUUGGGUCAACUCUACGGGUCGGGUUUAUAUGACCCAUACGAAAGUCGGUGGGGUAUACGUAUUGAGGUUUGCGGUAGGGGCUACGUUGACAGAUGAUCGCCACGUGGCUGCUGCUUGGGAGCUUAUCAAGGAAGGAGCUGAUGCGUUGCUGAAGACCAUUUGA